AUGGAUCCAUCAAGCGAUGAUUUUGAUGUCGCAGCCUACUUGCAAAAUCGUGAAGUUGAAGAAACUUAUGUACUCAACCGAUUUAGAGAGCGUCGGAAAAAAAUAUUGGAAGAUGGUGCACCUCGUAGUAGAAAAUAUGUCAAUAGAGAUCAUUCAGCUGCAAACCAAAGACUAAUUGACGACUACUUUGCCAAUGAGCCUACAUAUGACGAUGCAAUGUUUCGUCGUCGGUACCGCAUGCAAAAACAUCUUUUCCUUCGAAUCGUUGGGGACCUUUCAAGUAGUGAUAACUACUUCACCCAGCGAGCUGAUGCUGCCAAGAAAGAAGGUAUAUCACCUUUAGCAAAAUGUACCACAGCAAUGCGAAUGUUAGCAUACGGUAUGGCAGCAGAUGCGGUCGAUGAGUACAUCAAAAAAUUUGGAAGCUCAUCACGAAUUGCAAGCAGAUCUAGUGAAACACAUAUGGACAAAAUUUGGAAUGUUUCAGGAUUAAAGAUGAUUUGUUUCGUAUUUGUGUGUUGUUUCGUAUUUUAA